AUGCUUUGGCAAAGGACGCUUGCCGCCUCUUUCCUGGCGACAGGGGCGCAAGCGGGGAUUGGGAGCCUCAUCGCGGAAGGGUUUUCACGCAACAGCGAGGGGGUAGAGAGGAGGUUGGAAGAGGUGGCAAAGGCAAACCUCAGGGCCAGGGGGUACUUGGACACGAGGCAAUCCGAAGGACUGGGCAGCGACGAACCACUCGUACCACUCAAUGGUGAUGGGUCCCUCGACCUGGACGCGUGGAACACCGCGGCAAACGCGGCAUGCCGGGACGCAUUAAAGGGCGUCGAGGUAGCCAGCAAUCCGUCGGGCACCUGUGUUUGCUACAACCUACCGCUACUCAACAACGCGACGGGGGCCUUCGAAGCCGAUCUGAGGUUAUUCCAGCUGAGCGAACCGAGAGGCGAAUUCGAAGGGAUACCGCAAGCCCAGAUUGAGGUCGAGCUCAGCUACAAUGGCGCCUCGGUCUCGGAAGUCACCCAGCAGCCGGUGAGGCGUGUCAAAGUCAGGCAGGAAAAUACCGAAGACAAUACCGAGGAAGCCCCGCUGCUGCAGUCGUACUUGUUCAUCGGACAAGUCGACAAGGACCGGAUGACAGGUGAAGUCAUGUCAGACAUGGGACAAGUUCAAGCACUCGUCAUGCCCAUCGUCACGCUUAAAGCUACCAACGGUAACGGCCAGUCCGUCACCACCGUCGUGUCGUCCAACGAAGCCGCGUUCGUAGCCGGAGAGUUCUCCAAGGACGACAUGAUAAGCAACUACCGCAUGGCCGAGCUCGCAGUCGAGGCCGAACUAGCCGCCCUCAAAAAUGGCACAGUCGCCUUCGUGCUCCCUGGCAUUCAACUCAUGAUCUUCCCCAUCGGUCUCGUCAUCACUAGUGUUUGGCUGGUUCUGGGGCUCGCUGCCUACGGGAUGGGGACGUACGCUCGGUACAACUUCAGGGAAGCGCACAGGAGGAGGAUGGCCGUGGCCAACAAGAGCGGGAUGUCGAGGAUUUAA